CAGUGUACAUGCUGUACACCACGAUGCUGCCCUUUAUCCAUCGAGCUUCGAAGAACUCGACUUUGAAUCUCGAGAAAAUAAUUCCAUUAAACGCAGAAUAUCACCACAAGUUGGUCCGAGGAUAUGCUAAGGAGCUCUUGAAUGAUUUGGACGAGGGCUCUGUAAAGAGCCCUCUCCAGCUUUUCAAAGUCUUUCUUGCGAGCCCUGUAGUCCGCGUUUCGCUUUCCCUCCACAAUUAGUAGAUCCGGUUUAUAGAUAUUGUGUCUGAGGAUCGCGUCAUGCCGCACGGUUGGGUUUCACACUCCGUGGUUCGGUUGCUUCUCCCCGACGUGGAAUUGCGUACUCUCGUUCCUCUGAAAGGUGCCAAAGAUCGGACAAUAUAUAUAUAUAUAUAUCCUAUAAGCCAUCCUUCCAGAUGGUUUGCACUGAUAUGUCGUGUCCCAAUGUAAAUCUAUUUGAUCCAUGGCCAUCUGUCAGGAACAGACUUAGAAGAGUAGGAUAUGUGUUAUGGAGGAGACAGACAGUGGACAAGGUAAGGAAGAAAU